CGCAAGUUGCUGCUACUUUCUCCAUAGUGCUCCAGCCAGCAUCUCGCUGCUUUCAGCGGUAGAAUUGCCGUGAAACACACAGCGGCUGAAUCGCACGUCGCAACGGUCUAUCUUCGCGCCUACCGGGUUCGUGUUACGAUAGUAGUCUAAGCUAUUCAAUUAAUCUUGAUUCGGGUGGUCAAUUGAUCUGAUUCAAUAUAUCGCGAGAGUGUAUGCACCUGUCCUUUCGCCGCCUUCGUAACUAACGGGCUCACGCGGGAGUGCACUUCUACAGGGAUUAUUUUCGAUGACGUAGUUAAGAGACGGCCAGUAACACGGAACUAGUGUGAGUAAGCGCCAAGGGUUAACCAAUGAAGCGAAUAAAAACAAACAAGCGGUAUGGGCGACAGUCGGUCAGUAGGACAGUGUGUUGUGUCUUUACCGCGAUCAUUUCACUCCAAAUGUGUCACAAAGUGUACGGAAAUGGUGCAAGCAACGGUUAUAGUUCAAUAUCGAAUAUUUCUGAAGAACAGGUGAUGCCAGCGGAGGGUGUGCAACCCCAUUCAAAUUCCACUGAAAAGGUGCUGAGUGGCUCCGUUUUCACCGGCAACGACCUAUGGGACGGCAUCAUCCGCGAUUGCUACGUUCAUCCGUCUACGCCUUGUUUCCAGAAGAAAGUGCACUCGUUCCUGGAUAAGGUCCUCGAAACACGUGACUUAAAUAUAACUGGGCGACUCUCCUUUUUGAGAAACAAGGUCAGAUUCGCUGACGUCACGAAUGUAAGUCACGGAGAUGGUCACGCAAACGACUUCGAUACAGAAGCUCUGAAUGAAUCGAGAUCAGAGUCUGCUAUUGAGGAGGUGACAAGUUCACUUCACGGUAAGGCGGUGAAAUUUAUGAUGACACAUGAUGUAGAGCUACGCCUACCAUCCUUCCUUUUCGAUGACGCCGUGUUGCGGAUUUCUCCCAGAUCUUUGGAAGGCAACGGUGCUUUGGUCAAGGUCGAAUUUGUGCCAAAACAAGUAGCAGAGGCGAGAGAUGAGAGUAGGAUCUUCAAAAAGAAAAUUCUGAAAAUCUUCAAGAAUAAAUUACUUCUGUCAUUCCUCGCGUUGGUGCUGAUCAUAAAAAUAAUAAAAAUCAAACUGUUUUGGCUGCUUCCUAUUAUUGUUGGAGUAGGAACCGCCAAGAAAUUACUGCUGAAGUUCUUGCUGUUCCUUUUCCCAGCUUUGUCACAUUUGUUCAAGCUGUGCCCAUCUUGGCAGGAGGUUAAAGUUGAAACCACCAAGUUCCAUCACCACCACCAUCAAAUUAACCAUCACCACACGGUCCACCCGCCAUGGUAUAAAGAGUCGCACGCAGCCAGCGUUUAUCUACCUAAUGGACCGGAACUCAUUUUCACAGAACCACCAAAAGGAAAUCCAGGAGACUAUUUGCAUCGGGCUCCACAUAAGCAUUACGGACCCCCGCCACAUGCAAUCAAGCACGUUGAGCCAGUCUAUACUCAGCAUAUCUCUACAGGCUGGGAAAAUUCAGGACCAGGGCUUGGCCCAGAAUAUAUAACUGACGUGCAUAGAAACGCUUAUGCGGACGGCGACGGUGUUGGGUUGAAGCUAAAUGAAGUGAGCGGAACGAGUAAUUUCGCGAUGGAAUCGCCUUUACGUGUUCAGGACUCUAGCUUUGUUACAAAGAAGGUCGAUCCUUUUAGCCAAGUAUACGCUUCCUCCCAAAAGCAGUACGCAAUUAACCCAGUCAACACUGUGCCCCAGCGAGACCCGGCGAGUGUGGAAAAGGACAUACAACGAACACAAGCAAUAGUGAAGGAAUCUCUUAGAAUACAAGCUGAGCAAAAGCUAAUAGAAGAACAGCAGAAAAUUUUACAGCAGCAGCCAUUUGUAAGGAAUCCGGAGCAAAUUCGAACGAAGGUUUACGAUCCAUUCUACAGUCCAAUUAUUGAGAAGAUGGACAAAAUUUUCGCCACCUUUGGAUCUUUGGACGAUUACUGCAAGGAGCGUUUAGUUUGCAGCAUGUACAAAACGCCAAUGAGGUAUAGCCCUCAAAGCAAUUUCAUAUCAGCGGAACUAAGCCGUGACAGCAGUGACCUCGAGAAGCCAACCUCAACCAACGACGCAGCCUUUCGAUUUUACCGGUAUGUCCAAGCUGCUCGAGAUGGACAGGAGCAACGGGAAUGCGCGCGAAUAUACUCCCAGUGUUUGAUACCCAUAGACUAGUUAUUUGCAACAAAGUCCACCAAAUCGUAGUAGUUCUUUAUGGAACGUCAGUCAAAUUUACAAAAUUAGAUUUAGUCAUCUGUUUUGAAUAUUGUUUAACAACGUCGGUCAUGUAUUUAUGAAUUUACCUGUUUAUUUAAUUUAUUUGUUUAUUAUCUAUUUAUUUAUUUAUACAAAUCGUGUAUCUAAUCAUGUAGUCAAUAUUCAUGUAUUAUUUGUUUCAUCAAUUGGGAGUGUCGUAGUUGGUUUUGCGAAAAUCAAGUGGAUUUGAUUAAUUGAUGUUACAAGUUUGUGAAUAUUAAAAUGUUAUCUUGGUCAUAUGAUAGUCUGUAUGUAGAUAGUUGUUUCUGACAAAUUUAUUUAUGUUUUCGUUAAGGAAAGUGCUCUAUAUUUAUUUUAGAUAAUAAAAGUAACAAAUACUUUCAAA